AUGCAGCCCACCACUAGCUUUGGCACUUUCCUCGUCACUUUCCUGUCUGCCUCUAUGGCAGCAGGAAGUGCCAUUCCUUACAUGGCUCCCCAGCCUGGCUCUUUCGAGAUCAAGAGAGCCGCCAACACCGGCUUCACUAGUAGAAACGGUGCUCUCGCUCUGGCUCGUGCUUACGCCAAGUUCGGCGUCCCAGUUACUGACACCCUCCUCGAGGCCAUCGAAACUCUCAAGUCUGCUCAUCUCAUCAAGCGAAGCAGCGGAAACGUUACUGCUACGCCAGACAGCGGUGAUCUUGAGUAUCUCGUGCCUGUUCAGAUUGGUACUCCUGCCCAGACUCUCAACCUGGACUUCGACACCGGCAGCUCCGACCUCUGGGUCUUCUCCAGCGAAACCGAUACUAGCUCUUCUCAGGGCCACAGCAUCUACAACCCGUCUAAGAGCACCUCUGCCCAGAAGCUGGAUGGUGCUAGCUGGUCCAUUACCUACGGAGAUCAAUCCUCCUCCUCUGGCGAUGUCUACACCGAUGUUGUCACCGUUGGCAGCCUGACCGUCAAGUCUCAAGCCGUUGAGUCAGCCCAGCAAGUCUCCGCCCAGUUCGCCCAGGGUAACAACGACGGCCUCCUUGGUCUCGCUUUCAGCUCCAUCAACACCGUCAAGCCCACCCAGCAGAAGACCUGGUUCGACAGCAUCUCCGGAAGCCUCGACGCUCCCCUCUUCGUCGCCGAUCUCCGCCACGAGACUCCCGGCAGCUACAUCUUUGGUGCCAUCCCAUCGGACGCUUCCAACGUACUCUACGCCCCCGUCGACAACAGCCAGGGCUUCUGGCAGUUCAGCACCAGCAGCGACAUUGGCGGAUCCUUCUCUGCCAUUGCUGACACUGGCACCACUCUUCUCCUUGCCAGCGACGACCUCGUCAGCGCCUACUACCAGAACGUCCAGGGUGCUCGCGAGGACCAGCAGCAGGGUGGAUAUGUCUUUGACUGCAGCACCACUCUCCCCGACUUCACCUUCACUGUUGGAGACGGCAAGAUCACCGUCCCCGGUAGCCUGAUCAACUACGGCCAGGCCAGCGGCAGCGAGUGCUUUGGAGGUAUUCAGUCCUCUGGUGGCCUUCCCUUCGCCAUCUUUGGUGAUAUUGCCCUCAAGGCUGCCUAUGUCGUCUUCGACAGCGGCAACACCCAGGUUGGUUGGGCUCAGAAGAAAUAA